GUAGGGUGUAUUGUUUUUAGCUAAUCGUUUUAGCUUACCAGUUUAGUCUGUUAGCGUAGCAAAAACUACACUUUACGCAUUUUUAUUUCACAUCUGUGCUCCGCAAGCUCUACAUUGAUCUGGUGGCGUUGCCCGUCAGCAUGUUGUGUAAAGUUUUCAGGAGAUGACGUCAGUACCGCUAAUUAACCCUCAACUUGUUAUCAACUCGUAACACAUGGCUUUGGGGCUGGGCUUCAAUGAGGCCUUAAAUACUGGGGCUGUCUGUGGACGCUGACUGACUAAAGCUGCAGGCUUCUGUCCGAGUUGGACUAAAACAAAUUAGCUAAACGAUACAAUUCCAGAAUGCAGUCUGUGGUAAAACAAAACUUUCAUCAGGAGACUGAAGGAGAUGUCAACAGACUCAUCAACCUGAAGCUCAGUGCUUCUUACACCUACCUUGCCCUGGGCAUGUACUUUGACAGGGAUGACGUUGCCUUGCCGCACUUUUCCAGUUUUUUCCUGGAGCUCUCAGAGAAGGAAAGGGAACAGGCAGAGAAGCUGCUGGAAUAUCAGAACAUGAGAGGAGGCCGAAUUUUGCUCCAGACUAUCGCUAAACCGAGCAGAGAGGACUGGAGAGGGGGUUUGGAUGCUCUGACCUUUUCCCUGGAAUGUCAGAAGACCCUUAACACUUUAAUCCUUGAUGUGCACCGCAGAGCUGACGGCCAUAAAGACCCACAUCUGUGUGACUUCCUCGAGAAGAACUUUCUGGUUGACAGCCACGACACCAUCAAGAAACUUGGCGAUCAUGUCGGCAGUCUGAGCCGUCUCACUGGCUCUGCGGCAGAAGGAUCCAUGGGCGAAUACCUGUUUGACAGACACACACUGUAAACUUUGUUCCACAAAUGCAAAGAGAUUAAAAGUCCAUAAUGCAUUGCAUCAUUUUCUAUUAAACCUGAUGAGAGUAAUUGCACUGUUUACCCACAAUCUGAUAUUUUUGUAAUACCAGUAGUAUGCAAGAAAAUGUCAGAACAAGCUGAAUUGAAAUACCUCAUUUUGUAAACUGGAGGAAUGUUCUCAUGAAAAUGUUACAAAACUGCAGAUUUUCUUACUUGUGGCGUGAAUCACCUGAUGUGUCAUAUAUUCCAGCAUCCCCAUUAUCCUGCUAGCAUUCACAUUUUAAAGUUAUUGAAUGGAUUUGGAAUUUUGAAAAAUAAAAUUUGCAAUUGCCAACAAA